CCACUUGUAGGUUAAGGAAAAUUCCACCCACACUAUUUGCCGGCCACUUAGCGGCCGGCGGGAUCCACCAGACAAGAAUUAUUGAGAGGAAGGAUGCAUAUAUGGUACAGAAUGACCGAGAAAAGAACGGUAAAAGGGCCAUAUAGAAUAACGCUAAACCCUCGAUCUCUAGCUUAGUUUAAAACUUGUUCACUCAUUAUGUAAAUUCUAAGAGAAUUGAGACACGUCUAAAAAAUGAUGUGUUCUCGAAAAUGUAGUGUCCGACCGUUCAAUUGCGUACUGGUUCAGUCAAAUGACAUGCAUGACACACAAGAGACAAUUUGAUUAUGCACAUAGUAACCAUUAUUAGACACUACGAAAUCAAGGAUCAUGACGAAUAAUAUCAAUCGAACCCCAAGCUAAAAAAGAUUGCUUCGGUCUGGUUUUACAAAAAUGUGAUUAGAAUGUAUCACAAUUAUUUCACGACUCGACAAUUAAGAUGCGAAAGAUAUUUAUUAGUCAUACGAGUUCGAUUAUCGAGAUAGGUUAAAAAAACUCAAAAGACAACGUGGUAUUUGUGCGCAAUUAAUUGAAGUUGUCAGGGGUAGCAUGGUAAACAGCCAGCAACAAUCAGGGGGCUGUUUCCGUUCAAUACUUCCAAGUCCUUCACACACUCCAACGCCAGUAAGAACGUCACAAGUGUCCCGGUGUCAAUUCCGUCAAUAAAACAAAAACCACAAUCCAACCGUCCAGAUCACUCCAUGUGUCCCAGGCCGUCGGAUCACAGCCCCACGAUUCGUACCGCCUCAGUCUACAAGGUCACGACGGUAAAUUCUCCACCACACACCACUCCCCUCACGGCCCUAUAAAAACGCCGGCCGCCGCGACGAACCAGAAGAAAAAAAAAGAAAGAGAGAAAACGGAAAUCCGAUAGAUCUCUCUGUCCUCGCCACCGCCGGAGAAAAGAAAAAAAAUCCCUCUUCGUAAAAACCCUAAUUUCUUCAAUUCCUCUCUUGGGGAAUGCAGAGAGAUGAUAGGAGCCUCGUUGCGAAAUCCUGAGCUGUGCAUCCGCGCCCAGAGGUGCAUCGGCGGCCGGAAUUGCCACCGGAAACACGUCGAGGACGGGUGAUCCCCGGCCUUCGCCCUCCGCCAUUCUUCUCUCAGGCGCGAUUCCGCUUCAAUCCUUCCCCUCCUUUCUUCAAUUUUUUUUCUCUUGUGCAUAGUCUUUGAGAGUAGUUAGUCAGUUCCGCAGCAGAAUCGAGGUCUGUAAAACAAUGGCGGAGAGAAGCAGAGACGGCCAGCCGACUUUGCUCCACGGGAAAUACGAGCUCGGCCGGAUGCUCGGCCACGGCACCUUCGCGAAGGUGUACCACGCGCGGAACCUCCAGUCCGGCAAGAGCGUGGCGAUGAAGGUCGUCGGAAAAGAGAAGGUGAUCCGAGUUGGGAUGAUGGACCAGAUCAAGCGCGAGAUCUCGGUCAUGAAGAUGGUGAAACACCCAAAUAUCGUCGAGCUCCACGAGGUGAUGGCGAGCAAGUCCAAGAUCUACAUCGCUAUGGAGCUCGUCCGCGGCGGCGAGCUCUUCUCCAAGAUCGCCAGGGGGCGGCUGAGAGAAGACGCCGCGAGAGUCUACUUCCAGCAGCUGAUUUCCGCCAUCGAUUUCUGCCACAGCCGCGGCGUCUACCACCGAGAUCUGAAGCCGGAGAAUCUCCUGCUCGACGAGGAAGGUAAUUUGAAGGUCACCGAUUUCGGGCUCAGCGCCUUCUCCGAGCACUUGAAGCAGGACGGACUCCUCCACACCACCUGCGGCACGCCGGCGUACGUCGCGCCGGAGGUCAUCGGGAAGAAGGGCUACGACGGUGCCAAAGCCGAUUUAUGGUCCUGCGGCGUGAUUCUAUACGUCCUCCUCGCCGGAUUCCUCCCUUUCCAGGACGACAAUCUGGUAGCUAUGUACAGAAAAAUCUACAGAGGAGACUUUAAGUGCCCGCCGUGGUUCUCCUCCGAAUCCCGCCGCCUGAUCACCAAGCUCCUCGACCCCAAUCCGGCCAGCCGAAUCACCAUCUCCAAAGUCAUGGAAUCGUCAUGGUUCAGAAAAUCCAUCCCCAAAACCAUACGCACCAAGGAAGAAAUCGAAUUCGACGCAUUCGACUGCGUAGAUGAAUCCAAAUCCGCAGCAGAGAAGUCGAAGCAGCUGCCGGAGAUGCUGAACGCGUUCCACAUAAUCUCGCUAUCGGAAGGAUUCGACCUCUCGCCGCUGUUCGAGCAGAAGAAGAGGAUGGAGAAGGAAGAGCUGAGAUUCGCGACGACCCGGCCGGCGAGCAGCGUGAUAUCGAGGCUGGAGGAGGUCGGGAAGGCCGGGAAGUUCAGCGUGAAGAAGAGCGAGACGAAGGUGAAGCUGCAAGGGCAGGAGAGCGGGAGGAAAGGGAAGCUCGGGAUUCAGGCGGAGAUUUUCGCCGUGACACCGUCGUUUCUGGUGGUGGAAGUGAAGAAGGAUAACGGAGAUACUCUGGAGUACAACCAGUUCUGCUCCAAAGAGCUCAGACCGGCGCUCAAGGACAUCGUCUGGACUUCUGCCGCUGCCAUCGACCACGCCACCGUUGCUUAAGAAUUGUUGAAAUGAAUUUCUGUAGUUUGUGCUGUUGGGAUUUAGGAUUUGUUUUGGGUAAUCAAUAUUUUCCGCCAUUGUUGGUCAUUGGAGUUCGAUUUGUUGAGCUUUUCUGUUCAUCCGUUUGUGAAAGCUGUUUGCUUUUGUGUACGUUUGUUUAGAUGAUGAUGAUGUUAAUGAUGGGUUCCCAUCGCCAUCGCCAUCGCCAUCGCCAUGAAUGAAUUGGUUGAAGGAAAGCUGUCGUUGUGGUAUAUACAUAUUGUAUGAACUUUUUAGUACAGAGAGGGUGACAUCUCCAAAAUCCAAUUCUCCCUCAAAUCUCUUUAUCAUCAUCAAUUGCAAAGAAUGUGACUUUUCACCUCUACAUGCUCCUUUCCCUUGGUUAGUGGAAACCAUAAGGAAUUCUACUUAUCAUAAUGACACUGUUAUCAUCGUUUGAUUCUGAUUCGUCGCUGUUCAUCUUCAAGACGAAAUUGGUGUUCAACAUCGCUGUUGGAUCCAUAUUUUCUCCUCGCAACUUGAAUUAUUGACGAGAAGCAACUUGUAACAAGCGGCUUAGACUAUAGCAAAUUAAGAUGCUGUAGUGAUGUUUUGGAUUGUAAUGAAGACGGAUAGUCCAGAUCAAUAUGUCGACAUCCAUUUUUUACUGUUCAGCAUGCAGAGUACUAUUCAUACUUCAUAGCAUCCAGAACAAGAUGCUGUAAUUUCGAAGCUUGAAUCCUAUUAACCUGUGUUUUUGAUUGCUUGGAGCAAAGGAAUCUACUUCAAGAAGGCAAGUGGGAAGAUGCAUGUCUUGUUCUUCUUGGUUGAGAUUUGGAGACUGACUGGUAGUUGAGACUUGAGAGUGGGCAGAGGAAAAAAGCACAUGGGGAAACAGAGGCAGGCGAAUAUACAAUCCGGCGCCGGUGAAGGGCCAGCCUGCAGACGAAUCUACCACAUGAGUGAUCGACGGAAAACCUGGUUCUGAGAGAGAAAGGGAGAGAGUGAAAGAUCGUCUGUGUGGUCCUGAAAGAGGAUUUUAGUAUACGAUACAGGCUGACGUGAAUGUGUACAGAACGAAAGCAAUGCACCUUGGUAUAAGUUAGUUCGAGAAAGCUUUGUUGAAUUUGGUGGUCUGCCACCUUUCUCUGUUUUGGCAGUAUCCCUCUGCAACUUGCAAGUUGCAGCUUGGCCCUGUGUAUCGACGUCACGCUAGCAAUAAUAGCUUUGCAACUUGCAACCUGUUCCCCAUCUUUACUAUAAGUUUAGAGAAUUAGAGGAGCAUGUUCUUUCAUUAGAAAGAGAGCAGCAAUGGGAAAUAUGGAGUCGGCCCUAACUAGCCGAAUUAUAACCUGUUUAGUUGUUGCCUUGUUCUCAUUGAAGUAAGGAACCACCUAUAUUUGCCAUUCGAAAUUAUUCGAGGUUCGAAAACUCGUCGGCAGUUUACACAAUACUUCAUAUUUGACUUAGUCGGUGGCUGGAAGGUGACGGGAUGAUAAAUUGAAUUAGACGUGACAAAAUGACCUCUCGUUAAGAGCGAUAUGCAAAGUAUAGGAUGUGGACACUUGACAAAUAAGAAAUAGAUUGAACCUGGUGAUCGUUUUUUCUAACAUGUCCAACGUCACAUAGCUGAAUUACGCUCUUGAUUUAAAAAGGGAAACAUAAGAAUCAAAUCGUUCAAGAAAACAAAAGUAUCUUUAGUGUUAGAAAUUUCGUUAGAUCAGAUAUCCAUCUCGUUCAUGCAAGACCUUGAUUAAUAUGGAAAUCACAGAUUAAGCAAACUCCACCUAAUGAAAUUGAGCUCAGUUU